AUGUGGUUUGCAACCAAUCAUGGGCACUACUGCGUCACCGGAGCCAGCGUCCCAACGCCUUGUCCUCCGGGGACAUACUGCGAGGGCGGGGACGCACAGCCGGUACCAUGCCCAGCGGGGACAUACAACAUGGAGGAGAUGCAGACGAGCUGCAGGGCGUGUCCGGCAGGGUACCUGUGCUAUCCGGGGGGAGUGGUGGACUACUCGAAAGGCAGCUACUAUGCUGCAGAGGGCUUGUAUGAAUGCGCAGAUCCGAGCGGAGGCAUCUUCAUAGGUCAGGAUACGCUUCUAGAGGGCGAUCUGGGUAACGUGCACACAAGCGUAGACAUGAUGGGGUACCUGAUUGUCAGCGGCAGCUUGCGGACUGCAGCUACCGGAGUCGGGAAGUAUGACGUGUUCGUGUCGAAGCUCGACAUGGGAGGGAAGCUUCUUUGGACGACCCUGAUAGGCACACCCGACGACGACAGGGCAGAGGGGAUGACGGUAGGGGAGGACGGGAGCGUCUACGUGAUGACAGGCAGCUCGGGAGGCUCAUUCCUGACGAGGGUCGGGGGAUGCGGGAGAGAGGAGUGGAGGAUACCGAUGGGAGCAGAUGCUGGGCCAGGGACGGCAGCGCAUCUGACGCAUCAGGGCGACAAGGUGUACGCGUCAUGGACGGACAUGGAGAACAGGUCAAGGCUGGUGCAAGUUGGGGUGAAUGGGAGUGUGUACUGGAAUCGAUCUUUGGGGGGGAAUCAAAGCUUUGUGCGAGGGGUUGUGUGUGACGGAGAGGGAGCGAUCUAUGUUGUUAGGGAGAUUUCUAAUGGAACUGGUGUUUUCCCUUUGAUUGGCAAUAAGGUUUCUGUUUCCAAAUAUGAUUUUAAUGGCGAUUAUGUGUGGAAUACCUUUUUGGCAUUGAGGAGUUUAGCUCUGUACAAUCAUUUCUCAUGGAUCCAUGAUACAUUGAUGUUCGUUGGAAGUUUUCUAGUUCCGAUUGAUAUCUCCAACCUUGACACCAAGGAUAUAGUUGUGAAUGUAUCACAGCUCGGCGAUGUGUCAUAUAAUGUAAUGCCUUUUACAAGUGCAGACUACAUACAGUUCUUUACAGUUGAUGAGGCUGACAACUAUUAUUUUGUUUUAAAGAGUGAUUUAGACUUUGCAUGCAGUCUAAAUGGCCAGUACUACUUGCAAAAAUUCAAUUCGGAUGGUACAUUGCAGUGGAAAUCAGGAGUUUCUUUUAAUGAUUCUGCAACAAUCCUGGGAUUAUCGUUCUCUGCUGGUCAAAUACUAUUAUUUGGAUCAGAAAUGGCAAGAAACCACACCAAUGUCCAAAUUCUCAAGCAGUCAAAGCUUUCGAUGUCUGUCACUUGCGGUGGAAUCAGUUUUGGAAUGGAUUUUCGAUGUCCCGUGGGCCAUUACUGUCCUAUUGGCAUCAAGAGCGCACGUGAUGGACAAUGCCCACUCGGGACAUUCAAUCCUCACAGAGGGAUGGAGAACCUAUCCCAAUGCAUCAGCUGCCCUCCUGGUAUGUUCUGUGAUGCAUACUCCUUGCCAGCUCCAAGUGGGUUUUGCCUCCCUGGGUUCUACUGUCUACGAGGGUCUGCGCAUCCAAGAGGGUCGGUUUGUGACAAUCGCACUGUAAUCUGUGACACACCAAGGUGCGCGACGACGGAAGUGUCGAGGUCGUCGGAGAGGUGUGGAGGGAUUUGCACUAAGGGAACCUUCUGUCCGAGAGGGUCGGACUUUCCUCGGCAAUGCCCACCUGGAUCGUUCUGUGCUGCAGACGGCGCUUCAACUGUAGCUGGCCCAUGUCAAGCUGGCUUUUACUGCGAGGUACCCGGAGGGACCAAUAGUACUCCGUCUGGAGCAUCAGCACAAGCUGGUCCAUGCCCAGCAGGGUUUUAUUGUCCAGUUGGGUCGAUUUUACCGAGCAAGUGCCCCAGGGGAACAUUCUCACAGAAGAAGAAAGCCUGGAGGUUUGAAGACUGUAGCAUAUGUAUGUCGGGCAAAGUUUGCCCGACAUACAACACGACUGAGCCGAGCGCGUGUGAUCCAGGCUAUUUUUGUCCUCCAGGAAGCAAGGAGGCCACUCCAGAAAACACCAUGUGCCCCAAACGACAUGCGUGUCCCGAGAACUCUAGCGAGCCAAUACCAUGUGCGGCCGGGUACUACCAGGACGAGGUCGGGCAGAGCUCCUGCAAGACCUGCCUCCCAGGUCUCUUCUGUCCAGGUACGUCUGCUAGUGCGGAUCCCAACGGCACCGUGGUCUGUCCGGUCGGUCACUACUGCCCUACGGGGUCAUCGUCGCCCAGGCUGUGCGCAGCGGGGAUGUACUCGAGGGACCGGGAGCAGGCGGUGUGCCAGUACUGCCCAAGGCGAUACACAUGCCCGACGCCGGGGACGGUAGAGCCGCUGCCGUGUCCGGUGGGUCACUACUGCGGCACUAACAACUCGUCUCCCGUGCCAUGCCCGGCGGGAACAUUCAGUUAUAGGACUGCUUCAUCUCUUCAGGAAUGUAAUCUUUGUCCUGCAGGACGAUUUUGUCCUGAGAUUGCAGCUACUAACUGGUCUGGAAUCUGUGAUGAAGGAUUUUGGUGCUUGUUUGGUUCACAAAUCCCACACGUCAACUUCUCAAUGGCAGCAAUCAGGUUGGGAACGAUAAUUCCUUGUCCUGCAGGGCACUACUGCGUCACCGGAGCCAGCGUCCCAACGCCUUGUCCUCCGGGGACAUACUGCGAGGGCGGGGACGCACAGCCGGUACCAUGCCCAGCGGGGACAUACAACAUGGAGGAGAUGCAGACGAGCUGCAGGGCGUGUCCGGCAGGGUACCUGUGCUAUCCGGGGGGAGUGGUGGACUACUCGAAAGGCAGCUACUAUGCUGCAGAGGGCUUGUAUGAGUGCGCAGAUCCGAGCGGAGGCAUCUUCAUAGGUCAGGAUACGCUUCUAGAGGGCGAUCUGGGUAACGUGCACACAAGCGUAGACAUGAUGGGGUACCUGAUUGUCAGCGGCAGCUUGCGGACGGCAGCUACCGGAGUCGGGAAGUAUGACGUGUUCGUGUCGAAGCUCGACAUGGGAGGGAAGCUUCUUUGGACGACCCUGAUAGGCACACCCGACGACGACAGGGCAGAGGGGAUGACGGUAGGGGAGGACGGGAGCGUCUACGUGAUGACAGGCAGCUCGGGAGGCUCAUUCCUGACGAGGGUCGGGGGAUGCGGGAGAGAGGAGUGGAGGAUACCGAUGGGAGCAGAUGCUGGGCCAGGGACGGCAGCGCAUCUGACGCAUCAGGGCGACAAGGUGUACGCGUCAUGGACGGACAUGGAGAACAGGUCAAGGCUGGUGCAAGUUGGGGUGAAUGGGAGUGUGUACUGGAAUCGAUCUUUGGGGGGGAAUCAAAGCUUUGUGCGAGGGGUUGUGUGUGACGGAGAGGGAGCGAUCUAUGUUGCUGCGCAGGCAAGCAAUUCAUCAUUGGGUACCAGGGGGACUCUGUUGAAGGUCGGUGUAUCAGGUGUCACAGUAUGGGAGCGAGGUGUAAUAUCAUCUGGUUACAUUUCUGUGGUCGGGACUUUCGCAGAUAGGGACGGGUAUGUGUGGAUCUUUGGCAAUACGGGCAUCUGCAGCAACAUGGCUGAAACCUCGAAACAAGCCUUGAAUCUUACGAUCCAUUCAGACUUUAUCUCUCGUCCAGCACUCAUCGGAGGCUGUGACAUUCUCUUGGCAAAGUAUGAUAAUCAAGGGCAGGUAGUACAGUCAUUUGUGCUGGGAACGCCUGGAGAUGAAAGGAUAACUGAUGUGACACUGUCUGACAUGGGAGAUAUAUUCAUCCUUGGAGAGGCUCUGGUGCUAUCGGAGGGAUACCUUCCAUUUGUUACAAGGGAAGCAGCAUCGUCUAUGGAGACGAAUGUCAGCUUGGUAACGAAGCAAGUCCAAAUCGAUUUGGUGCAGAUCGCAACAAGAGAAACAUGCAAAGGUGUAUCCUUUGGUGAAAGCUUCGAGUGUCCCGUGGGCCAUUACUGUCCUAUUGGCAUCAAGAGCGCACUGGUGACUGCAUCGAAGGAUUCUAUUGUAGAGUUGGGUCAGCAAAUGAAAUUGCUUCGGGGAAAAUACAAACCCAAUCCUUUGCAACCCCACAUCCUAUCAAGACGAGGUACGUCUGCUAGCGCGGAUCCCAACGGCACCGUGGUCUGUCCGGUCGGUCACUACUGCCCUACGGGGUCAUCGUCGCCAAGGCUGUGCGCAGCGGGGAUGUACUCGAGGGACCGGGAGCAGGCGGUGUGCCAGUACUGCCCAAGGCGAUACACAUGCCCGACGCCGGGGACGGUAGAGCCGCUGCCAUGUCCGGUGGGUCACUACUGCGGCACUAACAACUCGUCUCCCGUGCCAUGCCCGGCAGGUACGUACAGCAACCUGACCGAGCUAGAAGGCUCGUCGGAGUGUAGGCUGUGCGAUCCCGGGAAGUACUGCAGUACGGCAGGGCUCACGUCUCCGACGGGAAUGUGCGAGGCGGGCUAUUUCUGCGAGGCUGGGGCGAUCAACUCCGCAGGGGCGGCAGACGAGUACACGACGGGAGGCCGGCGGCGGGUGAUGGCAUGUCCAGCAGGGCACUACUGCGUCACCGGAGCCAGCGUCCCCACGCCCUGUCCUCCGGGGACAUACUGCGAGGGCGGGGACGCACAGCCGGUACCAUGCCCAGCGGGGACAUACAACAUGGAGGAGAUGCAGACGAGCUGCAGGGCGUGUCCGGCAGGGUACCUGUGCUAUCCGGGGGGAGUGGUAGACUACAGCAACGGCACAAACUACUCGGCCAGCAUGCUGCAGACCUGUCUGUCGACCCUGGAGGCAGGGAGCUCAGGCGAGAUGUGUGUCUCGACGAUGGGGGGCCACGACUACAGGUGUCCGCUGGGGCACUACUGCCCCGAGGGGCUCAAGGAGCCGGCCCUUGGCAGGUGUCCGCCAGGUACGUUCAACGCUCAUCACGGACUGAACAAUGUCUCGCAAUGCAUGAGCUGUCCGCCAGGCAUGUACUGCGCAGGGUCAGGGCUGGGCUGGCCUAGCGGGCCGUGCCUACCCGGGCGAUACUGUCGGGAGGGGUCGGCAGACGAGUACGGAUCGAGGUGCGACAAUCGCUCGGUAGCGUGCGACAGUCCACGGUGCGAGCUGAUGAUAGCGCGCGUGAUCGACGUGACGGGAUGCGGGGGGGAGUGUCCGGCAGGGUGGAUAUGUCCAGGGGGAUCAUGGGAGCCGCUACCCUGCCCGCCGGGACGGUACUGUGAGAAGGCUGGUAUUGCAAACGCGACGGGACCAUGCGACGCAGGAUACUACUGCAUGAGCGAGGCCGGGGGCUCGAUCGGGAGCACGCCGACCCCCGCCGAGUCUGGAGGGCGGGGACCAUGCCCGGCCGGGCACUACUGCCCGGUGGGCACCGUAGCACCAGUGAAGUGUCCUCGGGGCAGCUUCUCAGGGAACGAGAGAGACACGCAACUGUCGGACUGCACGGCAUGUCUGGCAGGGCACUAUUGCGGGAAGGAGGGCAUGCCAAGAGGAGACAUAUAUGCAUGUCCGGAGGGCUACUACUGUCCUCAAGGAGCAUGGCUCGCUCGAACCGUCAAGACCGUAUGUACGAAAGGCCACGCUUGCCCUCAGAACUCGUCGUCCCCUGUACCAUGUGCGGCCGGGUACUACCAGGACGAGGUCGGGCAGAGCUCCUGCAAGACCUGCCUCCCAGGUCUCUUCUGUCCAGGUACGUCUGCUAGCGCGGAUCCCAACGGCACCGUGGUCUGUCCGGUCGGUCACUACUGCCCUACGGGGUCAUCGUCGCCAAGGCUGUGCGCAGCGGGGAUGUACUCGAGGGACCGGGAGCAGGCGGUGUGCCAGUACUGCCCCAGGCGAUACACAUGCCCGACGCCGGGGACGGUAGAGCCGCUGCCGUGUCCGGUGGGUCACUACUGCGGCACUAACAACUCGUCUCCCGUGCCAUGCCCGGCAGGUACGUACAGCAACCUGACCGAGCUAGAAGGCUCGUCGGAGUGUAGGCUGUGCGAUCCCGGGAAGUACUGCAGUACGGCAGGGCUCACGUCUCCGACGGGAAUGUGCGAGGCGGGCUAUUUCUGCGAGGCUGGGGCGAUCAACUCCGCAGGGGCGGCAGACGAGUACACGACGGGAGGCCGGCGGCGGGUGAUGGCAUGUCCAGCAGGGCACUACUGCGUCACCGGAGCCAGCGUCCCCACGCCCUGUCCUCCGGGGACAUACUGCGAGGGCGGGGACGCACAGCCGGUACCAUGCCCAGCGGGGACAUACAACAUGGAGGAGAUGCAGACGAGCUGCAGGGCGUGUCCGGCAGGGUACCUGUGCUAUCCGGGGGGAGUGGUAGACUACAGCAACGGCACAAACUACUCGGCCAGCAUGCUGCAGACCUGUCUGUCGACCCUGGAGGCAGGGAGCUCAGGCGAGAUGUGUGUCUCGACGAUGGGGGGCCACGACUACAGGUGUCCGCUGGGGCACUACUGUCCCGAGGGGCUCAAGGAGCCGGCCCUUGGCAGGUGUCCGCCAGGUACGUUCAACGCUCAUCACGGACUGAACAAUGUCUCGCAAUGCAUGAGCUGUCCGCCAGGCAUGUACUGCGCAGGGUCAGGGCUGGGCUGGCCUAGCGGGCCGUGCCUACCCGGGCGAUACUGUCGGGAGGGGUCGGCAGACGAGUACGGAUCGAGGUGCGACAAUCGCUCGGUAGCGUGCGACAGUCCACGGUGCGAACUGAUGAUAGCGCGCGUGAUCGACGGGACGGGAUGCGGGGGGGAGUGUCCGGCAGGGUGGAUAUGUCCAGGGGGAUCAUGGGAGCCGCUACCCUGCCCGCCGGGACGGUACUGUGAGAAGGCUGGUAUUGCAAACGCGACGGGACCAUGCGACGCAGGAUACUACUGCAUGAGCGAGGCCGGGGGCUCGAUCGGGAGCACGCCGACCCCCGCCGAGUCUGGAGGGCGGGGACCAUGCCCGGCCGGGCACUACUGCCCGGUGGGCACCGUAGCACCAGUGAAGUGUCCUCGGGGCAGCUUCUCCGGGAACGAGAGGAACACGCAACUGUCGGACUGCACGGCAUGUUCGGAGGGCUACUACUGUCCUCAGGAAGCUUUGUUGAGUUUUUCCAUUUUCGAGUGCUCGCCUGGAUACUACUGCCCUCCACGGUCGCUAAAUGACAAGGCUGUCAUUUGCCCUGCUGGGUACUUUUGCAUUGCUCGAAAAGGGCUACCGGAGCCAUGUGCGGCCGGGUACUACCAGGACGAGGUGGGUCAAACUGGCUGCAAGGUCUGCCCUGAGGGUCAUGUAUGCCGAUACAACGCAACAUCCAAACUCAAUAUCGAAACAUGUCCAGCGUGUCCACCUGGCCAUUACUGUGAAAAAGGAACUUCCAUUCCAGCAAAAUGUGCCGCAGCAACAUACAACAGAGUCCAAGGGUUAACAGCGUGCAUAGACUGUCCAGCUCGGUACACAUGCCCGACGCCGGGGACGGUAGAGCCGCUGCCGUGUCCGGUGGGUCACUACUGCGGCACUAACAACUCGUCUCCCGUGCCAUGCCCGGCAGGUACGUACAGCAACCUGACCGAGCUAGAAGGCUCGUCGGAGUGUAGGCUGUGCGAUCCCGGGAAGUACUGCAGUACGGCAGGGCUCACGUCUCCGACGGGAAUGUGCGAGGCGGGCUAUUUCUGCGAGGCUGGGGCGAUCAACUCCGCAGGGGCGGCAGACGAGUACACGACGGGAGGCCGGCGGCGGGUGAUGGCAUGUCCAGCAGGGCACUACUGCGUCACCGGAGCCAGCGUCCCCACGCCCUGUCCUCCGGGGACAUACUGCGAGGGCGGGGACGCACAGCCGGUACCAUGCCCAGCGGGGACAUACAACAUGGAGGAGAUGCAGACGAGCUGCAGGGCGUGUCCGGCAGGGUACCUGUGCUAUCCGGGGGGAGUGGUGGACUACUCGAAAGGCAGCUACUAUGCUGCAGAGGGCUUGUAUGAGUGCGCAGAUCCGAGCGGAGGUAUCUUCAUAGGUCAGGAUACGCUUCUAGAGGGCGAUCUGGGUAACGUGCACACAAGCGUAGACAUGAUGGGGUACCUGAUUGUCAGCGGCUGCUUGCGGACUGCAGCUACCGGAGUCGGGAAGUAUGACGUGUUCGUGUCGAAGCUCGACAUGGGAGGGAAGCUUCUUUGGACGACCCUGAUAGGCACACCCGACGACGACAGGGCAGAGGGGAUGACGGUAGGGGAGGACGGGAGCGUCUACGUGAUGACAGGCAGGUCGGGAGGCUCAUUCCUGACGAGGGUCGGGGGAUGCGGGAGAGAGGAGUGGAGGAUACCGAUGGGAGCAGAUGCUGGGCCAGGGACGGCAGCGCAUCUGACGCAUCAGGGCGACAAGGUGUACGCGUCAUGGACGGACAUGGAGAACAGGUCAAGGCUGGUGCAAGUUGGGGUGAAUGGGAGUGUGUACUGGAAUCGAUCUUUGGGGGGGAAUCAAAGCUUUGUGCGAGGGGUUGUGUGUGACGGAGAGGGAGCGAUCUAUGUUGCUGCGCAGGCAAGCAAUUCAUCAUUGGGUACCAGGGGGACUCUGUUGAAGGUCGGUGUAUCAGGUGUCACAGUAUGGGAGCGAGGUGUAAUAUCAUCUGGUUACAUUUCUGUGGUCGGGACUUUCGCAGAUAGGGACGGGUAUGUGUGGAUCUUUGGCAAUACGGGCAUCUGCAGCAACAUGGCUGAAACCUCGAAACAAGCCUUGAAUCUUACGAUCCAUUCAGACUUUAUCUCUCGUCCAGCACUCAUCGGAGGCUGUGACAUUCUCUUGGCAAAGUAUGAUAAUCAAGGGCAGGUAGUACAGUCAUUUGUGCUGGGAACGCCUGGAGAUGAAAGGAUAACUGAUGUGACACUGUCUGACAUGGGAGAUAUAUUCAUCCUUGGAGAGGCUCUGGUGCUAUCGGAGGGAUACCUUCCAUUUGUUACAAGGGUACUGACAAGUAGCCAACUGAGCUGGACGAGAUUGGUAGGCAUAAACAGUACUGGCGUUGGACAGUCAAUCUUUUUGCGAGAUGGUGCGAUAUCAGUUGUGACUGAGGUUUACAAGGAAGCAGCAUCGUCUAUGGAGACGAAUGUCAGCUUGGUAACGAAGCAAGUCCAAAUCGAUUUGGUGCAGAUCGCAACAAGAGAAAUAUGCAAAGGUGUAUCCUUUGGUGAAAGCUUCGAGUGUCCCGUGGGCCAUUUCUGUCCUAUUGGCAUCAAGAGCGCACGUGAUGGACAAUGCCCACUCGGGACAUUCAAUCCUCACAGAGGGAUGGAGAACCUAUCCCAAUGCAUCAGCUGCCCUCCUGGUAUGUUCUGUGAUGCAUACUCCUUGCCAGCUCCAAGUGGGUUUUGCCUCCCUGGGUUCUACUGUCUACGAGGAUCGGCGCAUCCAAGAGGGUCGGUUUGUGACAAUCGCACUGUAAUCUGUGACACACCAAGGUGCGCGACGACGGAAGUGUCGAGGUCGUCGGAGAGGUGUGGAGGGAUUUGCACUAAGGGAACCUUCUGUCCGAGAGGGUCGGACUUUCCUCGGCAAUGCCCACCUGGAUCGUUCUGUGCUGCAGACGGCGCUUCAACUGUAGCUGGCCCAUGUCAAGCUGGCUUUUACUGCGAGGUACCCGGAGGGACCAAUAGUACUCCGUCUGGAGCAUCAGCACAAGCUGGUCCAUGCCCAGCAGGGUUUUAUUGUCCAGUUGGGUCGAUUUUACCGAGCAAGUGCCCCAGAGGAACAUUCUCACAGAAGAAGAAAGCCUGGAGGUUUGAAGACUGUAGCAUAUGUAUGUCGGGCAAAGUUUGCCCGACAUACAACACGACUGAGCCGAGCGCGUGUGAUCCAGGCUAUUUUUGUCCUCCAGGAAGCAAGGAGGCCACUCCAGAAAACACCAUGUGCCCCAAACGACAUGCGUGUCCCGAGAACUCUAGCGAGCCAAUACCAUGUGCGGCCGGGUACUACCAGGACGAGGUCGGGCAGAGCUCCUGCAAGACCUGCCUCCCAGGUCUCUUCUGUCCAGGUACGUCUGCUAGUGCGGAUCCCAACGGCACCGUGGUCUGUCCGGUCGGUCACUACUGCCCUACGGGGUCAUCGUCGCCAAGGCUGUGCGCAGCGGGGAUGUACUCGAGGGACCGGGAGCAGGCGGUGUGCCAGUACUGCCCAAGGCGAUACACAUGCCCGACGCCGGGGACGGUAGAGCCGCUGCCGUGUCCGGUGGGUCACUACUGCGGCACUAACAACUCGUCUCCCGUGCCAUGCCCGGCAGGUACGUACAGCAACCUGACCGAGCUAGAAGGCUCGUCGGAGUGUAGGCUGUGCGAUCCCGGGAAGUACUGCAGUACGGCAGGGCUCACGUCUCCGACGGGAAUGUGCGAGGCGGGCUAUUUCUGCGAGGCUGGGGCGAUCAACUCCGCAGGGGCGGCAGACGAGUACACGACGGGAGGCCGGCGGCGGGUGAUGGCAUGUCCAGCAGGGCACUACUGCGUCACCGGAGCCAGCGUCCCCACGCCCUGUCCUCCGGGGACAUACUGCGAGGGCGGGGACGCACAGCCGGUACCAUGCCCAGCGGGGACAUACAACAUGGAGGAGAUGCAGACGAGCUGCAGGGCGUGUCCGGCAGGGUACCUGUGCUAUCCGGGGGGAGUGGUAGACUACAGCAACGGCACAAACUACUCGGCCAGCAUGCUGCAGACCUGUCUGUCGACCCUGGAGGCAGGGAGCUCAGGCGAGAUGUGUGUCUCGACGAUGGGGGGCCACGACUACAGGUGUCCGCUGGGGCACUACUGCCCCGAGGGGCUCAAGGAGCCGGCCCUUGGCAGGUGUCCGCCAGGUACGUUCAACGCUCAUCACGGACUGAACAAUGUCUCGCAAUGCAUGAGCUGUCCGCCAGGCAUGUACUGCGCAGGGUCAGGGCUGGGCUGGCCUAGCGGGCCGUGCCUACCCGGGCGAUACUGUCGGGAGGGGUCGGCAGACGAGUACGGAUCGAGGUGCGACAAUCGCUCGGUAGCGUGCGACAGUCCACGGUGCGAACUGAUGAUAGCGCGCGCGAUCGACGGGACGGGAUGCGGGGGGGAGUGUCCGGCAGGGUGGAUAUGUCCAGGGGGAUCAUGGGAGCCGCUACCCUGCCCGCCGGGACGGUACUGUGAGAAGGCUGGUAUUGCAAACGCGACGGGACCAUGCGACGCAGGAUACUACUGCAUGAGCGAGGCCGGGGGCUCGAUCGGGAGCACGCCGACCCCCGCCGAGUCUGGAGGGCGGGGACCAUGCCCGGCCGGGCACUACUGCCCGGUGGGCACCGUAGCACCAGUGAAGUGUCCUCGGGGCAGCUUCUCCUGGAACGAGAGGAACACGCAACUGUCGGACUGCACGGCAUGUCUGGCAGGGCACUAUUGCGGGAAGGAGGGCAUGCCAAGAGGAGACAUAUAUGCAUGUCCGGAGGGCUACUACUGUCCUCAAGGAGCAUGGCUCGCUCGAACCGUCAAGACCGUAUGUACGAAAGGCCACGCUUGCCCUCAGAACUCGUCGUCCCCUGUACCAUGUGCGGCCGGGUACUACCAGGACGAGGUCGGGCAGAGCUCCUGCAAGACCUGCCUCCCAGGUCUCUUCUGUCCAGGUACGUCUGCUAGCGCGGAUCCCAACGGCACCGUGGUCUGUCCGGUCGGUCACUACUGCCCUACGGGGUCAUCGUCGCCAAGGCUGUGCGCAGCGGGGAUGUACUCGAGGGACCGGGAGCAGGCGGUGUGCCAGUACUGCCCAAGGCGAUACACAUGCCCGACGCCGGGGACGGUAGAGCCGCUGCCGUGUCCGGUGGGUCACUACUGCGGCACUAACAACUCGUCUCCCGUGCCAUGCCCGGCAGGUACGUACAGCAACCUGACCGAGCUAGAAGGCUCGUCGGAGUGUAGGCUGUGCGAUCCCGGGAAGUACUGCAGUACGGCAGGGCUCACGUCUCCGACGGGAAUGUGCGAGGCGGGCUAUUUCUGCGAGGCUGGGGCGAUCAACUCCGCAGGGGCGGCAGACGAGUACACGACGGGAGGCCGGCGGCGGGUGAUGGCAUGUCCAGCAGGGCACUACUGCGUCACCGGAGCCAGCGUCCCCACGCCCUGUCCUCCGGGGACAUACUGCGAGGGCGGGGACGCACAGCCGGUACCAUGCCCAGCGGGGACAUACAACAUGGAGGAGAUGCAGACGAGCUGCAGGGCGUGUCCGGCAGGGUACCUGUGCUAUCCGGAGGGAGUGGUAGACUACAGCAACGGCACAAACUACUCGGCCAGCAUGCUGCAGACCUGUCUGUCGACCCUGGAGGCAGGGAGCUCAGGCGAGAUGUGUGUCUCGACGAUGGGGGGCCACGACUACAGGUGUCCGCUGGGGCACUACUGUCCCGAGGGGCUCAAAGAGCCGGCCCUUGGCAGGUGUCCGCCAGGUACGUUCAACGCUCAUCACGGACUGAACAAUGUCUCGCAAUGCAUGAGCUGUCCGCCAGGCAUGUACUGCGCAGGGUCAGGGCUGGGCUGGCCUAGCGGGCCGUGCCUACCCGGGCGAUACUGUCGGGAGGGGUCGGCAGACGAGUACGGAUCGAGGUGCGACAAUCGCUCGGUAGCGUGCGACAGUCCACGGUGCGAACUGAUGAUAGCGCGCGUGAUCGACGGGACGGGAUGCGGGGGGGAGUGUCCGGCAGGGUGGAUAUGUCCAGGGGGAUCAUGGGAGCCGCUACCCUGCCCGCCGGGACGGUACUGUGAGAAGGCUGGUAUUGCAAACGCGACGGGACCAUGCGACGCAGGAUACUACUGCAUGAGCGAGGCCGGGGGCUCGAUCGGGAGCACGCCGACCCCCGCCGAGUCUGGAGGGCGGGGACCAUGCCCGGCCGGGCACUACUGCCCGGUGGGCACUGUAGCACCAGUGAAGUGUCCUCGGGGCAGCUUCUCCUGGAACGAGAGGAACACGCAACUGUCGGACUGCACGGCAUGUCUGGCAGGGCACUAUUGCGGGAAGGAGGGCAUGCCAAGAGGAGACAUAUAUGCAUGUCCGGAGGGCUACUACUGUCCUCAAGGAGCAUGGCUCGCUCGAACCGUCAAGACCGUAUGUACGAAAGGCCACGCUUGCCCUCAGAACUCGUCGUCCCCUGUACCAUGUGCGGCCGGGUACUACCAGGACGAGGUCGGGCAGAGCUCCUGCAAGACCUGCCUCCCAGGUCUCUUCUGUCCAGGUACGUCUGCUAGCGCGGAUCCCAACGGCACCGUGGUCUGUCCGGUCGGUCACUACUGCCCUACGGGGUCAUCGUCGCCAAGGCUGUGCGCAGCGGGGAUGUACUCGAGGGACCGGGAGCAGGCGGUGUGCCAGUACUGCCCAAGGCGAUACACAUGCCCGACGCCGGGGACGGUAGAGCCGCUGCCGUGUCCGGUGGGUCACUACUGCGGCACUAACAACUCGUCUCCCGUGCCAUGCCCGGCAGGUACGUACAGCAACCUGACCGAGCUAGAAGGCUCGUCGGAGUGUAGGCUGUGCGAUCCCGGGAAGUACUGCAGUACGGCAGGGCUCACGUCUCCGACGGGAAUGUGCGAGGCGGGCUAUUUCUGCGAGGCUGGGGCGAUCAACUCCGCAGGGGCGGCAGACGAGUACACGACGGGAGGCCGGCGGCGGGUGAUGGCAUGUCCAGCAGGGCACUACUGCGUCACCGGAGCCAGCGUCCCCACGCCCUGUCCUCCGGGGACAUACUGCGAGGGCGGGGACGCACAGCCGGUACCAUGCCCAGCGGGGACAUACAACAUGGAGGAGAUGCAGACGAGCUGCAGGGCGUGUCCGGCAGGGUACCUGUGCUAUCCGGAGGGAGUGGUAGACUACAGCAACGGCACAAACUACUCGGCCAGCAUGCUGCAGACCUGUCUGUCGACCCUGGAGGCAGGGAGCUCAGGCGAGAUGUGUGUCUCGACGAUGGGGGGCCACGACUACAGGUGUCCGCUGGGGCACUACUGUCCCGAGGGGCUCAAAGAGCCGGCCCUUGGCAGGUGUCCGCCAGGUACGUUCAACGCUCAUCACGGACUGAACAAUGUCUCGCAAUGCAUGAGCUGUCCGCCAGGCAUGUACUGCGCAGGGUCAGGGCUGGGCUGGCCUAGCGGGCCGUGCCUACCCGGGCGAUACUGUCGGGAGGGGUCGGCAGACGAGUACGGAUCGAGGUGCGACAAUCGCUCGGUAGCGUGCGACAGUCCACGGUGCGAGCUGAUGAUAGCGCGCGUGAUCGACGGGACGGGAUGCGGGGGGGAGUGUCCGGCAGGGUGGAUAUGUCCAGGGGGAUCAUGGGAGCCACUACCCUGCCCGCCGGGUUUUUAUUGUAGUCUUUCGGGGCAGGGAUGGGUCACAGGACUAUGUCCAGCGGGAUCAUACUGUGAGAAUUCGAACGGUUAUAGUGUUGUCACGGUUUGUCCGAUCGGCUUUUACUGUCCCCCAGGUUCUCAAUAUCCUUUGGCAUGUCCUCUUGGUACUUCCUCCAAUCGUUACAACAUUUCAAGUUCAACUGAUUGCAUUCCAUGUCCAGCUGGAUAUUACUGCCCAUCUGCUGUGACAGAGUGUAGCUCUCAGAAUGUAGAUUCUUGUUUGGGUUUGAAGGAGAUUUGUCCGGAGGGAUACUACUGCCCGCCGGGCAGUUACAUCGGGUACAAUCCAGAGCAUAUUUGUCCGAAGGGGCAUUACUGCCCAGUCGGUUCCUCGUCAGCGCUGCCUUGCCCCCCCGGACAAUACCAAGAUUACAUUGAAUCGUCCUCCUGCAAGCCUUGUUACGCUGGCGCCUACUGUCCAGGUGUAGGCAAUGUCGACCCUACCAUUCAAGAUGAUGGAGCAAACAUCUGCCCUCAAGGACAUUAUUGCCCUGCUCUUUCAGCCAAUGCAACGCCUUGUCCCAUCGGAUUCUUCAAUCCACUGUUUGCAUCAGUCAACAUAUCCGAUUGUCAAAUAUGUUUAGCGGGAAUGUACUGCAACAACAGUGGACUUUCGUAUCCCACAGGACUCUGUGACGCUGGGUAUUUCUGCUUGCUGGGAGCGAAGACUGCAAACCCAGUUGAGAACCUGUGCCCUCGAGGCUUUAAAUGUCCUGCAGGUUCGAGAUGGCCUUUGUUGUGUCCUGCUGGGACAUAUUCUCCGAAUAUGGGCGCUGCCUCCUGCAGGAAUGUUGGAGGAGGAUUUUAUCUCAACAUGAGCGGAGUAGUCUCGUUUGGGCUUGAUUUUUUUGCAGACAAUUUCACAGAAAUCGAGUUAUAUUCUGCUUUCAAGCAAAAAGAUUUGCCCAAUUCCAAGUUCAUAUGCCAAACUCUUCAUGAUUCCUUGAUUGGAUGCGAGAAUCGUGACUCGAAUUUGACCGUGGAUUCAUUUGAGUUUUGCGACCAAUUCAGAAUAGCUCCAACGCAAUGCUCGACCUCUCCUGAAGCAAGCAAAACCUGCUGUUCAUGUGGUGGUGGGAAGAGAGAUUUUGCAAUCUGCGAAAUUUUGACUGAAACUAUCUUUGGAAAAUGUGCUUCAGGAUAUUACUGCAUAGAGGGAUCGCCAUCUCAAUACCCUCUGGCGGAAUCGAAUGAGGGGAAGGGGGACAUUUGUCCGCCUGGCCAUUACUGUCCUACCGGCACAACACGUCCAAUAAAGUGCCCAGAUGGUCAGUAUCAGACUGACUUUGGCAAAGACUAUUGCCUAGACAUUCCAGAGGGCUAUUUCAGUCCAAAUGACACAGCAACUUCAAUCGAAAUUUGCCUGCAGGGCCACUACUGCCCCCGAGCGCAUAUCCUGUCACCUAUCCCAUGCCCCAGUGGUACUUACGGCAACAUUACUGGAAUGACAAAGCUUGAACAAUGCUUUGCUUGCCUCCCAGGGAUGUAUUGUCCUGCUGAGGGCCAAGUAUUGCCACGUGGACUUUGUUCGAUGGGCUUCUUGUGCAAAGGUGGCGAUGUCAACUGGAAUCUGAACUUGUCAUACCUCUGUCCAGCUGGAUAUUAUUGUCCUGCGGGAAGUGCAGACCCAACGCAAUGCCCCCCUGGGACAUAUAAUGACAAAUUGGGAAGAGGAAGCGUUUCGGAUUGUCUGCCAUGCUUAGAAGGGCGGUACUGUCCGACAGCUGCCGUAGCCACAGAUAAUCUUACGGAAUGUGAUGAAGGUUUUUACUGUCCACAAGCCUUUGGCAGUUUCACUAUGUCGCAGAUCAUCAAAAAGUUUGAAGCGCCCCUGUGGUGCGGCGUAAUGGACUCUUUGAACGUUUUUGAUAUUCCCGUUGGAAGUUCUGUAGCAGCCCCACAGCAAUACAUCUGUCCAGUAGGCCACAAAUGCCCCAAAGGUAGCGGACAACCUAUCCUUUGCUGCGACUCGACUUCCUCAGAGUACGGCAGCUGUGCCCUCUAUCAACCUGGAAAGGGAAGCAAUUCUUGUUAUAAGUGUCCGGGCGGUCGGCAUUGCUUGCAGAAAGCUGUUGGGAGCAGUAUGGUCGUCAAAUCCAUUUUGUGUCCACUUGGAUACUACUGCGAACUUGGGAAUGUUCCCAAGAUAUGCCCUCCUGGGACUUACGGGAAUCGAGAAGGAUUGUCAGUGAUAGAAGAAUGCAUUCCAUGCAUGCCUGGAUUCUUCUGCAACAACGGAAGUAUUCAGGGUCCAUGCGAAGCUGGAUUCUGGUGCAGUGGAAAAGCACAAUGUCCGAAUCCAGGAGACAAUUCAACGUGUUCGAAAGAUGUGAUUGGAAUCCAAGGUGGUACGCUCGUGAAUGAUUUGUGUCCGCCUGGCUCUUAUUGCCCUUCUGGAACAAACGCACCGAUUCGUUGCCCUGCCGGCACUUACAUUGAACGAUCCUCACCGUCGUAUCCUGGCAGGUAUUUGUGCGACUGCUUGGAUUGUGAAGCAGGCAGCAUGUGUACGGAAGGCACAUCGGCCCUUGAGCCGUGCCCUAAAGGAUUCUUUUGUCCAAAUUCACGGAAUUCGUCACAAGAUUAUCUUCGCGGAGCUUGUGUCGAAUCCAAGAGCUCCUGCUCCAUUCAUCCAAUGCCAGAACCAUGCCCUCCAGGCACCUAUCAACCUGAUGUCGGGAAGAAGAGCGCGGAUGCCUGUCUCAUUUGCGGUAAUUUCUCAUUUUCAGUGGAUUACAGAGGCUACUAUUGUCCAAACUACAAUUCAUCAAAACAAACCAUCUGCCCGGCAGGUCAUUACUGUCCUGUCGGUAUUGAGGAUUCGGUGCCCUGUCCUGAUGGAUACUACUUGGAGCGAACGGGAGGUCGCUCAAUUGAUGACUGCAAAGUCUGUCCAGGUGGAGCUUACUGUCCGAAUGGAACUGUCACACCGCUUACAUGCGACGAAGGGACGUUCUGUGUGAACGGAUCGUCGUCCCCAACCAUUUGCCCAAGUGGAUACUAUUGCCCAGCCAAGUCGGACAUGCCGAUACCCUGUCCUCCGGGAACCUUUUGUAUAGCAGGGUCUAUAUCGCCACACAUUUGCCCUCCUGGUACCUUCUGCCCGUGGAGAUCUGAAGCAGCGUACCUAUGUCCACUCGGAACAUACGCUGAACCCAAUGCGACGAUUAACAGGACUUCUAUAGAGGCCGCGUGUAGCCCGUGCGCCCGUGGAUAUUUUGGGGCGGAUCCUACCAGAACUUCAUGUGAACUUUGUUGGCCAGGGUACAUGUGUUAUGGAAGUACCAUCCGUGGUGAUCCAGUGAACGCUACGUCUGAUCUGGGAGAAAUAUGUCCUGCCGGAUAUUAUUGUGAGAGGGGAUCGUACAAAGCAACUCCUUGUCCAGCAGGAACAUACAACAAAGAACCAAAGCAAGGCUCUUCUGCAGCGUGUAUUCAAUGUCCACGAGAUUCUUUCAACGACAAACCAGGGCAAGCCGCAUGCAUUCCGUGCGGAGGGAGCGCUGUAUCCAGAAAUGACAGUCUGGAGUGUCAGUGCAAAGGUGCAAAUCGCGUCUUUCAGCCAUUCGAUAGCGCCUGCCGUUGCAUAGCUGGUUACACAGUCUACAACGGUCUCGGCGAAGCUCAACCCGAUCAGGCAACAGCCGAUGGAGUGACGGACUGUGAAGCGAUCGUCAUGCCGAGGUGCGGGCCAACUGAAAUCAGGGGACCGUCUGGUGCUUGUGCAAGCUCGUGUCCUGAUACAUCUUGUGAACUUCCUCCUUGCUACUGCAUCAACGGAAUAGACAUCUGUAAUAACACCUGUCCAAAUUACCAGAUCGCUAAGGCUGAGAAGAUCCAGAUUGACUCCACAGUUGGUACAGCUCUGACAUGCACAUGCCUCUGUCGAAACGACUCAACAUUUCAGGAAUGCGUUGACCCAAACGAGUUUCCAGCGCAGAAAACUUACGAAAUCAUUGUGGACAAAGCAGGAAAUAGCAUUCUCAAAGUAAUCACGAGCACAGAGAACAGAACUUACUUUCUUGGCACAAAAGUACAAACCGGAUCAUCGGACACUUCACAAGCUACAUUUUUGAGCACUUCAGGUGACGGCUUCACGGGUGUCCUCGACAUACCAACGACAUAUUUUGAUGACCUGGGACUUCAGGAAUGUGUGAUGAACACUGAUCAAAUUUGUAUCGAGAAGCAGGCCCUCCGUUCAAAGACAUCUUGGAAAGAUAAAGUUCAAGACAUGCGAAGAAAUAGCCUCCGAGCGACCGCUGCAGCAUCGUCUGUGAUUGGGGUACAAUCACCCAUCAUGUGCUUGAAAGCGGGAGCAGGUGUCAUGUGGACGAUCUCAGGGUCACUAUCUGAUUCCAGCGUGCACUAUCCUGUGUAUGUUUCGGACUCACUUCUCAACACCAAUCCAACGUUUGAUUACGGUGCUUUCGUAACUUUGAAAGACCAAAUCUUGCGAGGAAACAAUGUCUCGACCUUCUUCUUUCAGUUCGACACUCCAGGAAUCUACGUUUUCAGAGACUCCGUGACACCUACCAAGCAAGCGGUCAUUGGUGUGGUUGCUCCUGUUCUUGACUGUCCAAAGGCAUUUGAAACGAAUCAAAUUCAACCCAUGUCGAUUGAUAUCCUGAAAUCGUUUCCAACAUCUUCAAAAGAUACUGUGAUCAAUCCAGAUUACAAAUUCAUAACGAUAGUGGCAUUGUCUAUCCUAAUCAUUUUCGUUGUAGCUGUGUUUUUGAACGUUCUCAGGAACCAACUAGGUUGGGGCAAGUCUCUGUCUUCAAGGCCCAAGUUUCGAAAACAUGGUUCCCAACAGGACUACUUCUCCUUGGCUACAAGAAAGGAACGGUCGAGCGUUGGGAAGGAAGUUGGAAGUAUCAAGACUAUGGACGCAAGUUCUGAAGGUACCGAGCUGAUGGGAUUCAGUGUGAGCAUGCUGUACGACAAGUUGGAGGAUCAAAAUAGCCUUGUGUCGGAGCAACUAACUCAGCAAAAGCAAGACAUCCGCGAAUUUUACGAAAAAGUGACGCGUGAGACGGCAACGCUGCGUGGUUUGGUUGAUAGGAAUCGCAAUAUGGGUUUCACUGAAGAUGAAUUACACAGAGCCAAGGAAAGAAAGAGUUUAAUAUUGGAAGAAAUCCACCGUCGAAAACAGAUCGGGCUCACAGGCACUGUCGUGUUUGAAGAAGCCAUGAAAUCUAUCUUUACAAAACCCGAAACAAUUGAAAUCCUGCAAAAGCUUCAAGAGAGUUUGACGAAGCUCAACGAAAACUAUUUGGCAGAAGCACAGGGUCCAGACGGUCAUAUCUCCAAAUCAAUCAUAGAGGAGCUCGAUGCCGCUGUUCGACAAAACAUUCCCAUCUUACCGAAUUUUCAACCAUUAGAUGAAAAUGGCGCAAUACUGUUGUCUGGCUCCCGGCAACCAUUUGCGAAGAAGGACCUUUUCGACUCGGAAGGCAAUUUGAAGAUCAUUCCAGCAGUCAUGGAGAUCGAUCGAGCGACCAAACUUGUCAAACCAGUUAAGGGGCUUGAAAUGAUGACUGGAAAAGGGCAGAUCGUCCCAGUACCAGAGAAUUGCUGUAUUCACCCAAUCUCAGGAAAGGUGAUCCCGAUGGAAGGCAACGUCUAUUUCGAUCCGAGAAGGCGGUGUUUCAACUUUCUCUCGUGCAUGGACUUCAAAUCGCUGGUGGCUGGCCCAUUGCCGUACGUUUGCAAUCGUCAGAACCCGAAGUCAAUGUGCUACCCCGAUGCUGCUGCUUACAUUCACCUGAUUGCCAAGGAGGAUAGAGGAUUUCCCCUGAAUGAGUCUCGAACGAUGUUAGAUCCUUUCACGGGGACUCGAGUGCCUGUCUUGGGUAUUACCUCAAACCUCGCCACUGGGGAACUGCACGCAGUGGGAGGGGCGGUUCUUGAUCCGGUCACUAAUCUACUGAAGCCUAUACGUAUAGGAGACUUGAUGGAGGAUCCGGAAACUAAGGAGGUAUGCAUGAUCACUGGUGUGAUGAUCAGUGAAGAAACUUGCAAUGUGGUGCCGCUGGGCUGCAGGAGAAUAAAUGAACAAGGGGUUGUUAAACAUCUUGUCCCGGGUUGUGAUGUUGUGGACAUCUUUUCUGAAGAAUCACUUGUAUUGGGCUCGACUAUUGCAAACCCCAUGAACAUCAAACAUGUCAUUCCAUCAGGCAGCCACGAAAUAUAUGGUUUGCGAAAUGCGAAACUUGACUUGGAAAAGGAUAUGUUAGAUCGUCUAUCAAAAUUGAAAGGCAAAAUAUCUGCAAUACAACCAAGUGAGGUCAAGUCCCUGCAUAACAUGGCAUCCAAAUUGAUGGAUGUAAACAGAAAGCUCAUUGACAAAGCCUCAAGUUGGAGUGAGCUCGUGCUACAGCAUCACAAUGAAAUGCUGGCUAUCGCAGAAAAUGGAGGCAAGAUUGGAAUGAAGUACGAUUUUGUACUAGCUGAAGACCUGCCACUCUUGAUCGGCUGCACAUACUACGACGAUACAAGUCGCCAUGAGAUUGUUGUCCUUGAUGUUGAAGUGGAUGAAGCCACUCAGCUGUUCGAAGGUCUAGGAUGUACGAUCAUUGAUCCGAUCUCAGGCAAUGUCGUGCCAGCAGUAUUUGGUGGAAGAAUGAAGGAUCCGCAUUCAAGGAAUAUAAUUCCCGUAAAUGGCAUUAAACGCGAUCCUAGCACAUUUCAAGUUGUGCCUCAGUCGAAUCUUUCGUCACCUGGGACAGAGACCGAAGCAAUCAGCAGCAAUGACAGUUUCAGUCUGAUCAGUGAGCUCCUGAAGAAACUCGCCGAGAAUCAAACAAGCUCUGCAGCGCUUCAGAGUGUGAUGCAGAAACUUCAAAACAAACCAGCUGUCGCUAAAGCUCAGCCCUAUUCUGAUGAUGAGAUGGAGGAAUCCGAGUACGAAAGUGAAGGCACGGAGUCUGCGAUCGACGUGGACGAGACCUCGGCUCCUUCUUCUGUGUCGGAGAUUGAAAUCGAUGCCAUAGACCCCGACGAAAAGUUCGUCAGCGAUCUGAGAAAAAAAGGUCAAAAUGUGUUGAUGAUCCUCUCUCAAAUCGUUUGCGACGACCCCGAAGCCCUUGCCAAGGCUGUGCAAGAGCUUGAAAACUAUCAUUACUCCAGGGUUGAAGAAUUCAUCCACAGACUGAAGAAGCACUUUGGGCAACGAGAGGAAGCCAAUAGGCUGAUUGCAGAAACUUCUGAAACUGAAAUUUCGGGCCAAGUGAGAUCGAUUCAAAAUGAAAUCGUGAAAGAAGUUUUUGAGAAUGACAAACAGCUGGUAAAAGAAUUGUUCGAGCGUUUGCACCUCGAAAAUUUGGAGUCUCUUGUGAAAAGCCGGAAGAACGAUCUCCUGCAAGAAUUCAGUGGAGAGCAUAGCGUUUCAGCAGGAGACAAGACAAGAUACAGAAUCGCCAAUGAGCUCAAUCGCAAGUACGUCGAAGAGUCGGACCGUAUGCGAAACGAAAGUUUGAAUCAGUUCUGGAACUUCCUAGAGGAAGCUGAUGACGGUCUUAUCACAACCAUAAAGCAUUCCCAGAUGAGCAGAGAGAACCUGAUGGACGCGGUCAGGUCGCACGGAGAAAACAUCAACACCUUCUACGACUCCAUGGAGAAAGAUCUUGAGGAUCAGCUUGAACAGCUUCUGAUGGAGAAGGAGAAGGCAGUCUCAAAGAAAGUUGCCAUCCUCGAUGCUCACAUCCACGGUCGUACAGGAAAAGCACUCUGGAAGAAGGUAAAGCUCGUUUUCCAGCUCACAAGGUUGAAGGGAAUGAAGCAGCAAGACACUCAGCAGAUCCUGCCGGACGAGAGUCGACUGAAGGAGUACGAGCAGGCGCUAAAUGAGUUCACCGAGUCGAAACUGCAGUCCUUCGAGGAACAGAUCGAGGGUGAGAUACAGGGGAAGACGUCUCAAUAUGAUGCAGAAUUCUUGAAGAGACUGGAAGGGAGUGAAGUUGAAGACCCUGAGGCGAUCAAAGAAUUGUUGCAGAAUCACGAUCUAGAGCGACAGAAGUUGCUGGAGAGAUUGAACAUGGACAAGAUGUCUCAAAUGGAGGAGUUGAAGAAGCAGCUCGAAGAAAGGAAGACAAAGAAGAUGAUCAAGCUCAAGGCUGAAAUUCAUGAGAGAGCAGCUCAACAGCCCGACAGCCUAAAGACAGAAGAAGGCUCCAAGCUCUUCCAGAUACAGUCAGAUCUCCUCAUAGAGCAGGAGAUCGAGGUCACUAAGCUUGAAGCAGCUCUGACUCGACAAGAAUGCUCUGAGAUGUCCGAAGUUCGCAAUCACAACUUGUUGAUCUUCGAAGCUGAACAAGCGACUCUCAAGCAGGAAGCAAACGAACGCAUCCGGGCGGCCUCCAGUGAUUCAGAGAGAGCGAGGCUGAUUGAUGAGCAUGAGAUACAGUUGGCAAAACAGACUCUCAUGCAAAAUGUGGCCAAGGGCAAGAGCGAGGAGGAGCUGAGGAAUCGUCUUUCAGAGCGCAGAAAGAAAAGGGAACAAUUCCUGCAGCUGCAGCACGAGAGGCAGAACGAGAUGGUAGUCUCUGGCAAAGAAGCCGAGUCUAUUGCGAGCGAGGUCAACCAUUUCAAGAAGGAAACAGCUCUGGUGUUGAAGCACGAGCAAGAGAGAGCAAACGAGCUGCGGGAACAAUUGCUGCAGGCCCAAUCCGAGAUCCAGAUGCUCAAGGAUGAGCUGAAGCUGCACGUGAAGAAGCAAAUCGAAGAGCAGGAAAAGAAGAUCGAGCGCGACCUCAAUGCGUCCUCUGACGAGAGGCGCGAAGAGUUGCUCCGACAGCACACACAAGACAUUGAAAACCUGCGCAACAUGGAGCAAGCCGACGCCGCUCGUCAACUUGCAAACUUGGAGAAGCAUCUUCAAUCGAAGAAUGCAAAGAAGAAGAAGAAGUUGGAACAAUCGCAUGCAAAACAGAUGAAAGAACUCAAGACCCAGCUUGAAAACGAGAAAAUUCAACAUCUGACUGCAGACGAAAUCAGCUCAUCUGUGGAAAAGGAAUUUGCAGACAAAGAGAGGAUUGAAGCAGAAAACAUCACCAUGAAGAUGGAAGAACAGAAGAAGAAAGUGAUAGCUGAAGCUAACGAAGAAUUCAUGAUGAAGAUCAAAGACGAUCUAAGUGAAGACGAGAAGCAGAGGCUUAUCUCUCAACAUGAGGAGAACUUAGCCAAGUUGUCCAAGUACAUCGACAAGGAGAAUGCACGAAGACAAGAAGCUCUGAAAGCACAACUUCUUGAAAAACGGAAGAAGAAAGAAGAGAGAAUGAUGGCAAGAAAGCAUCAGAAAGAAAAACAAGAUGAAAUUGUCAACAAGCAGCGACAAGAACUGGAUCAACUCGAGAAGGAACAAGAGAGGGAGAGAAAAGAGCAACUGAAAAGAUUGGAGGAAGAGCUCCAAAAGGAAAAGGAUGAGGAGCUACAGAGGAUUCUCGCAGCAGAAGCGAACGUUCCUGCUCCUGACGUGCAGGAAUCAGAGAGCAAGAUCGAAGAGGGUGACAUUCCAGGUUCAGUGUUGAGCCAGGACACAGAGAAAGAAAAACUGCUCGAGGAAGCACACAACAAAGAGAAUACCAUAAGGAAUCAAGCUUCUCUUGACCGUCAGAAGCAGGAACAAGAUUUGCAACAGAGACUGGAAAAGAAGAAAGAGAAGAGGAUGUUGGAGUUGAAGCGGAAACAGGAAGCAGAGAUGGAACAGAAGCUUUAUGAGCAAGUCGAAGAAGCGACCAAGAUGCUGGAGUUAAGCUCAGCCGAGCAGAAGGCUGAGAACGAGGCAGAAGCAGAAGAAAUGGAAGACGCAGGGUUGGACCUCUACGUUGACAAGACCGUUGAAGACGAUUUCGAGAAGAGACUUGAGGAGGAGCGUCAAAAUCUACAGCACGAGCUCGAGAAGAUGAAGGAGGAGCAGGAGAGGAUGAAGCGCGAAAUCCUCGAGAAGCAAGAGCUGGAGAUGAAGAAGCUGGAAGAAGAAAUGCAGAAAGAUCAGGAAGCGUUCGAGCAGGCCCUGAUGGCUGAGCAGCAAAAGAAAGCUGAAGAGCUCAAGCAAAGGAGGCAGGAGAUGGAAAAAGAACUGCAGAUGAAGGCAGACAGCGCGACUGCAGAGGAACGAGAUCUGCUGAUUCAGCAGCACGAAGAGAAGAUGAAGAUGCUAGAACAGGAGGAAGCCAUGAAGAAGAUGUCGACAGAAGAGGAGCUGAAGGCGAGAGUUGCUCAGCGCAAGGAGAAGAAGAAGAAGUUGCAGCAGAAGCGUGCAAACGAGAGCUUGCAGCUGCUCUUGACGGAGCAGAAAGAGAGGGAGCAUGAGCUAAAAGAAAUCCUACGACAGAAGCAGGUCGAUGACAUGAUUGCGAUGGCCCGAGCUGGGAAUUUAGAAAAUGCGAUUCACCUCUUGCAACAGUUGCACAGCAAAGAGCUCGAGGAAGAAGACGUGAGCUUUGCCGAAGAAUAUGCAAAGAAGAUGGCAUCGGCUCAAGAUGAAAAGCAUUCUGAAAACCUGGAGCAAGAUUUGAAAGCGACAAGAGAGAAGAGGUUAGAAGAGCUGAAAGCUAAACAUGAGAAGGAGAUGUCCAACAUUCAGAGCAUGAAGAAGCGGGAAUCAGACCGAGAUGUGCUCAUGAAGAAGCUAGAACAAAGAGCUUCUGAGUUCAAGAAGAUGGAGGACGAGUUCCGAGCUCGAAUGGAAGCGGAAGUUGCUCGAAUAGAGGAGGAAAAUGAGCGUCUUUACCAGAAGGAAUUGGAGGAGAUCAAAGGAAAGCGCGGCAAGAUUGCAUCAGGGCAUAGAGGAAGCUCCCGCUCCCAAACUCGUGAGAGCAUUCAGAAGGAACACGAGCAAGAGAGUUUGUCAUUGUCGUCGGCGUUAAGUGACGAGCAGCGGAAGCAAGAGAUCAUACUGAAGAGGAAGAUCGAGCAAAGGCGGCAAGAGAGGAAAGCUACUUUUAUCAAGAUAUGCACAGAUCUGUUUCAUGAGAUCCGAGAUGGCAAGAGUUUGGAUUCUCUGAGUUUCGACAAGUUGACCAGCUCUGAGGUCGAUUCUGCCAAGAAGAUUCUGGAGAGAGGUAAGAGACGGUACGAAGAGAAGAAGAAGUUGCCAGUUGGCAAAGCUGCUGAAAAGUGGAUGAAGAAAGCUUUGAACCGAAGGCUCUCAGUCGAUCUCCUCGCGGAAGACGAGCGCAGGCAAAAUCAAGACGAGGCAGGCGGCUCGUCUCAGCUCCAGUCGAGCUUCAUGCUGCACAGGCCUGCACAAGACGAACAGUUCCACGACGAACGAGCACAGCUGGCGGAGCACGAGAGGAAGGCAAGGUUGGCCAGGGAGCGAGCAGAUGCUAUAGCUAGGGAGAUCGAGGGCUUGAAGAAGUCUCAGAUUCAGCAGGGCCAGAGCGACGCGAUCAAGAUCUCUCAGGACGAGUUCAUGGAGAUGCUUCGGGAAUCAAACCUAACUACAAAGCUGCUGGAGGUCGAGAGGCUGCUCCGGCUGCUGGUGGAGAAGAACAGCAAGUCCAAGCCGUCCAGCUAG